CCCGCUGCAGGCGCGUCCCCUCCGCCGCCCCUCCUCCCGUCGCCACUGCUCGCGGGGCUCGGGACCCCCCGGCUUCGCCCCCCAGCCCGAAACAUGACUCGCGACUUCAAACCCGGAGACCUCAUCUUCGCCAAGAUGAAAGGGUACCCCCAUUGGCCGGCGCGGGUGGAUGAAGUUCCUGAUGGAGCUGUAAAACCGCCCACAAACAAACUACCCAUUUUCUUUUUUGGAACUCAUGAGACUGCUUUUUUAGGACCAAAGGAUAUAUUUCCUUAUUCUGAAAAUAAGGAAAAAUAUGGCAAACCAAAUAAACGAAAAGGUUUUAAUGAAGGUUUAUGGGAAAUAGAUAACAAUCCAAAAGUGAAAUUUUCAAGUCAACAGGCCUCAACUAAACAGUCAAAUGCAUCAUCUGAUGUUGAAGCUGAAGAAAAAGAAACUAGUGUUUCAAAGGAAGAUACUGACCAUGAAGAAAAAGCUAGCAAUGAGGAUGUGACUAAAGCAGUUGAUAUAACUACUCCGAAAGCUGCCAGACGAGGGAGAAAGAGGAAGGCAGAAAAACCAGUAGAAACUGAAGAGACAGGAGUAGUGACAACAGCAGUCGCCUCUGUCAAUCUGAAAGCAAGCCCAAAGAGGGGACGGCCUGCAGCCACAGAAGUCAAAAUUCCAAAACCAAGAGGCAGACCGAAAAUGGUAAAACAGCCUUGUCCUUCAGAGAGUGAAAUGGCUACUGAAGAAGACAAAAGUAAGAAAAAGGGUCAGGAAGAAAAGCCACCCAAAAAACAGCUGAAAAAGGAUGAAGAAGGCCAAAAAGAAGAAGAAAAGCCACGAAAAGAGCCAGAAAAGAAAGAAGGGAAGAAAGAAGUAGAAUCCAAAAGGAAAAAUCUACCGAAAGUAGGGGUUCCAUCCACCUCUGACUCUGAAGAAGAAGGGGAUGACCAGGAAGGUGAAAAGAAACGAAAAGGUGGCAGGAACUUUCAGACUACUCAUAGGAGAAAUACCCUAAAAGGGCAGCAUGAGAAAGAGGCAACAGAUCGAAAACGUAAGCAGGAGGAACAAGUGGAAACUGAGCAGCAGAAUAAAGAUGAAGGGAAGAAGCCAGAAGUUAAGAAAGUGGAGAAGAAGCGAGAAACAUCGAUGGAUUCUCGGCUGCAAAGGAUACAUGCUGAGAUAAAAAAUUCACUCAAAAUUGAUAAUCUUGAUGUCAACAGAUGUAUUGAGGCCUUGGAUGAACUGGCUUCACUUCAGGUCACAAUGCAGCAAGCUCAAAAACACACAGAGAUGAUUACAACACUGAAAAAAAUACGACGAUUCAAAGUUAGUCAGGUUAUCAUGGAAAAAUCUACAAUGUUGUACAACAAGUUUAAGAACAUGUUUUUGGUUGGUGAAGGAGAUUCUGUGAUUACCCAAGUGCUGAAUAAAUCUCUUGCUGAACAAAGGCAGCACGAGGAAGCAAACAAAACCAAAGAUCAAGGGAAGAAAGGGCCAAAUAAAAAGCUAGACAAGGAACAAACAGGUUCAAAGACUGUAAAUGGAGGCUCUGACGCUCCAGACAGUAAUCAGCCACACAAUGGGGAGAGCAAUGAAGACGGCAGAGACGGCCACGAGGCCAGCUCCAAGGAAAAGUCCUCCAGUGAAGACAGAGAGACCGACCUAGCGCUGAGAGACUCCACACUUGAUAGCUAA